CCAGUCCGGUCCGACUCCGACCGCGCCCAAAGAAGGUCCAAGAGCCCAACUGAACCGGAGGAGUCGAGCCGCCGCCUUCCUCUUCGCACACCUCCACCGACCGCCGCCGAUCGUGCGGUGCGGCCGGCGUCAUGGCGGCGGCCGGCGACCUCACCGACGAGGAGCGCCGCGCGCUCCGGGGCAGCAAGUUCGCGCCGCUUCCAGCGCCUACUGCCCCUUCCCGCCCCCAGCCCAGGAUGGCUCAUCCUGGAGGACCACUAACUACAAACAAGGCUGCUGCUUUAGCAAAAUUCCUUGAGAGAAAGCUUCAGCAGCCUGAUGGGCUGGAAUCUCUGAACCCAGACCUUGUCAAAUUGGCUGUGAGAAAUGCAAAAGAAACAAUAAAGGCUAGCAAGGGUGAACCGUCAACUUCAGGAAGAAUAGUACGGCACGUUUCAUCAUUCGGAGAUUCUUCUGAGGAUUCUGAUGAUUCAAAAGAUGGAGAAGAAACCAAGGGGGUCAAAAGAAAAAGGAAGAAUAAGUCAUAUCAUAUUGCUCAGAAGGAUAAGAGUUUUCAAAACGGAGGAGAACAGAGCAAGAAAAAGAAGAAAAAUAAAAAGAAAAAUCUAAAGGCUGCUAAAGAUUCCAAGUCCCAAAAAGCAUCGAAGAAGAAAAAGUUGAAAUCCCUAUGAUUCUUUAACUUCUCUGGUAUUAGGGAGCUGAAGGCGUUGCUGUUGUCAUUUUUCUUGAUUUCACUUUUUUGUGAGUCCCAUUUCUUGUAAGCAUUGUAAGCACUUGCUCUUCCUGGCAUUUUGACACUGGAAAUCCCAUUUGCGGGCUGCAUGCCUGUCACAUGAUGACCGGAAGCCACAUUUGUCGAGAGAGGCAAGACCUCAAGACUAGCACUUGUAUACAAUUUACAGUGAACAAUACAAAACCUGUGAAAUCCAGUGCUGCAAAACUGAAUUAUGGGUGCUGGCUUGCUGUUUCCUCACCUGGGGCAUUGAACUCAGUCAAACACGAAUUUCGUUGUAUUCUAUACGAUUCUUCUUUCUUUUGGUUGUACGAUGAUGCUGAUAUGAUGAUUCAGCUUGAGAUGUCGGGGGGAAAAUGAAAUGAUGGUGUUAUUCUGAACUGGA